UCUUGGCAAUCUAGUCUCGGCCUAUCCGGAGUCGACCUCAUCGCCAUGGUGGUUAGCGAUUCGGGGCUGGCGAACUGUCAACCACAGUGGUGGAACGGAUCUCCAACUGGCUGCAUGCUGAUCGGCCUUCAGCCGCGAGGAGGGUGGCAGGCACGUACCCUACUGGCGUUCUUCACUCCCGACUGUGAUAUCGUCCAGCGCGCUGUGCAAUGGGGCAACGACAAGUGGGCCAAGUGCUUCGGCGUCGAUUGUGCCUCGCCGCUUCUGUACGCCUACUUUGCCUGCACCAUCCGAAACCGGCUCGAGGUGCUCGCCACGGACCGUCUGCGCUCCCCCAUGGAAGGUGUGCCACCGGGCGGACCUUGGAACACCCUAGGUGAUUCCUUUACCGUUCAACGACCAACCAAACUCGUCGACGGCAGCCGAGGCGGACACGCCUUCAUGGCUGAAAUCUUGGCGCCAGACGGAGAUACACAUUACAGCAUUGCUGAAGGCGCGCGGUUGCAAAUGCUGAGUGUUCUGAUGGUGGGUGCGGGCCUGGCGGUCGACGACUCGCUCGAAAACUAUAUCGACGUUGUACUGCCUGCCGACUUUGAUUUAUCCGGCGGGCUCGGGAGUGUCUUUGUCCGCCUUGCAUAUGGUCUAGUUGUCGCCAGCAUCCUGGUUGUCGGCCUUACGGUUGCCGCCUGGUGGUCACUCAUGAAUACAAACCUGUUUGGCGAGGCGGCGCGACCGUUCAUGGUCAAGAUAGUCUCGCUCCUAAGUUGGGCUGUUGGCGCUACGGGGCUGCUAAUGAUGGGCGGUAAUCCGCGGGUUAAGCUGGUUGUGAAGAAAAUCCCCGAGCAUAUAAAGUCACGUCUCGCUUCGCUCAAAGAUGAGGCAUACGGCACAGACCCAAAGGUCAAAAUCCAGUUCGGCUCCCUUCACGGCUCAGUCUUUGUUCCGGACCGGGGCUCUUGCAAACUGCGCUUGUCUGUCGUAGAGCGACUCUGCGCCCUCGAUAUCCAGACCGUUCGGACAAAAGGGUGGUAUAUCGGGAUGGCAUGGUUCGGCCUGUUACUGCUCGGGGGCGUAGCUCUCCAGAUCGGAGCCACACUUGCUCCAAGGUGGGAGGCUGAUCUUAUGGGCUUGGUGUUUCUCCUCGCUACUGCUUUGGCAAGAGGAGCUGGCGUCGCCGGAGAUGAAGACUGGAUGAUACCCAAGUGGAAGCGGCGGCGGAACGCGUCGAAUGGCGCCGUGCUUCUGGGCCAAUUCCAAUCCAGAGCGGGC